AUGGGCCUCCGCUUCCCCGUUCGGUUGGUCAAGCUAACGUUUUCCACUGCUGUCCAAUGUCCACCCCGCUGGUUACCCCUCGCUUCCAUAUCUGCUGUAACAAGCCCGGGCCCCUCGCGGCGUCAAGUCCGUCACAGCUCUCAUUCUCCAAUGGGCGCACCCGUCACGCGCAAGAAAGUCACCAUCAAGUCACUGCAGGCGCUCUAUAAAAGAGAUGAGCCCAUCACUAUGCUUACAGCACAUGAUUUUCCAAGUGGACAUGUGGCAGAAGCUGCUGGAAUGGAUAUGGUCCUCGUCGGUGAUAGCUUGGCAAUGGUUGCCCUUGGCAUGGACGACACUAGCGAGGUGUGCUUGGACGAGAUGAUACUGCAUUGCCGCAGUGUAUCUCGUGCGGUUGGGUCAGCUUUCACUGUUGGUGACUUGCCAAUGGGUUCAUAUGAGAUAUCCCCCGAGCAAGGCGUCGCGUCUGCUAUACGUAUCGUUAAAGAAGGACGAGUACAAAGCGUCAAACUAGAAGGGGGCGAAGAGAUGGCACCAACUAUCAAAGCCAUCACGCAGGCUGGGAUUCCAGUUGUCGCCCAUGUUGGUCUGACACCCCAACGCCAGAACUCCCUCGGAGGUUUCCUCGUCCAAGGUAAAUCAGCCGCUAGCGCUUUAAGGAUCCUCAAAGAUGCACUUGCAGUGAAAGAGGCUGGGGCAUUCAUGGUUGUCCUGGAAGCGGUUCCAUCGGAAAUAGCUCGCAUCAUCACCAAAAAGUUAAAAAUCCCAACCAUCGGAAUAGGGGCAGGCAAAGGUUGCUCAGGACAAGUCCUAGUUCAGGUCGAUAUGACCGGGAAUUUCCCACCAGGACGCUAUCUCCCGAAAUUUGUGAAGAAGUACGGCGACGUAUGGAACGAAAGCUUGAAAGCAAUCGAGCAAUAUAGAGAUGAAGUCAAAAAGCGGGAGUAUCCUUCUCCGGAGUACACAUACCACAUGGCAAAGGAAGACCUCCAGGAGUUUGAGAAAUUGGUAGAUAGAGAUUAG